AUUUUAUAAAACAAUCAUAAAGAACAAGCGAAGUUUUGAGCGAGUACAGAGAUGGCGACCGCCGUUCGAAUUGCGGUCCUACGCCACAUCCGCAUACCGGUGCAAGCUCUUGAGGGAUUCCGGCCGGCCUCGGCGUCAUGGAAUCUCUUCCGUGGCCAGACCCGAUCCCUUUCCUCCCAUGGCGACGAGCAUCUCGAACGGGAGGAGGUCGUUGAGCGCGUCCUCGCCGUUGUCAAGAGCUUCCCCAAGCUCGAUCCCUCGAAGGUAGCCGCAGAUUCUCACUUUCAGAAGGAUCUGGGUCUGGAUAGCCUCGACGGCGUCGAGAUAGUGAUGGCGCUUGAGGAGGAGUUCAAACUUGAGAUUCCCGACAAGGAGGCCGAUAAGAUUGACUCCUGCAGUGUCGCGAUUGAGGAAUUCAAAAACAUGAGAGGAGGUUGAUUACUGCUGCCAUUGGAUCAAUCUUUCGACUGUUUUCAUUCAUGUUUCAUUAUGAACACUCCUGUUUCAUUAUGACAGCUCACCAAUUCCUGAAUUCUGAAAUCAUGUUUUACUUUGUUUUCAAUUAAAACUGUUUUAGGAGUAUUCCUUGUCAUUGUUAUUUUCUGACGUCUAUUUAUAUGUAGUGAUUUUGAAUAAAUUUGAAUGAUUAUUAUUUUCUUCUCUCCUCUUCCAUUCUCGGUUUAUUCAUUUGAGUUGAAGCAAACCUUGUAAUUUAUCAAAACUCUAGCAAAGUUAGUAGAAUUCAGUAAAUUCUUUGUAAAAUUAUUAAACUUUGGUACCCAAGUAUAUUUACUGACAUUGAUGCAACCCUAUCAAACUUAAUACGAUUAUUGUGGUUCAAGACAACUUCAAAAAAUGAACUACAAUUUGAUACAACCCUGAUUAAUAUACUGGAUUUAAGAAUAUUAGAGUUUUGAAGUGUCCUUUCUUAUAAAAAGUU